CGCCCGGGGACGCGGAGGCGAUGGCGGCGCUCGGGAAGGUCUCUCGGCUGCUGCUCGGCGCCGCCACCCCGCGCUCGCAGCCGGGGCGGGGCAUGGCGGCUGCGGCCCACGAGGGUGGCGGAGCCCGCCUGUGGAAGAUGUUAACCUUCGUUGUGGCUCUGCCCGGUGUUGCUGUUUGCAUGCUGAACUGCUACCUGAAAGCACAGGAGGAGCACGAGAGACCCGAGUUCAUUCCUUAUGCUCAUCUCCGGAUCAGAACCAAGCGUUUUCCCUGGGGUGAUGGCGUCAAAACUCUAUUCCACAACCCCCACGUUAAUGCUCUCCCAACUGGUUAUGAAGAUUAAAGAUCCUGACCACAAGCAGAACUUUGGCUCUUCCUGUCCUGCAUCACAAUGUUGUGUGGGUGCCACUAUUUAGGGAACUGUCAUCUAAGAAACAACAUUCCUUCUACAAUGAAGUCGAAUGGCCUUGUGGCCUCUGUCUGUGCUUGUGUAGAGGUCCUCUAAAUAAACAACUCUGAACUUGAA